AUGGUUGUAAUGCCUCCUCAAAACAGCGUGAACGAGUCGGAAGGGCGAUACCUUCAAGAUGGGUUCUGGCAACAUGGCCGUUUCUAUGGCUCUUGGAAACCUGGCAAAUACUUAUUUCCAAUUGACUCACAACAGGAAGAGUUGAAUCGUUUGGAUAUAUUUCAUAAAGUCUUCCUUCUGGCACGAGACAAUAAGCCAUUUCUAGCUCCCAUCAGACGUACCUCGCCCAGAAUCAUGGAUAUUGGUACGGGCACAGGUAUCUGGGCAAUCAAUGUGGCCGAAGAGCCAUCGGCUAAUGUAGAUAGGAUCCCCCCUGGCUUUAUGCCAAAGCAGUAUGACAUUGAAGAACCGUCUUGGGGGCCCCUACUGGCGGACUGCGAUUUGAUUCAUAUGCGAAUGCUACUUGGCAGUAUUCAGACGGACUUGUGGCCUCAAGUCUACCACAAUGCCUUUGAGCACUUGACUCCAGGCAUCGGCUUCCUGGAGCACAUUGAGGUUGACUGGAUACCCCGAUGUGAUGAUGAUGAACGCCCAGCAAAUUCCGCAUUCGUGAAGUGGGCAGAGCUUUUUCUCGACGGCAUGGAUCGAUUCAACCGCAGUGUCAGAGUCAUACCGCAGGAACAUCGGCAAAUGCUCGAAGCUACAGGUUUCACAGAUGUCAAGCAGGAGGUGAUCAAGGCCUAUGUUUGCCCCUGGUCUGCUGAUCGAAAUGAACGUGAAAUCGCUCGAUGGUUCAACAUCGGACUGUCUCAUAGUCUGGAGGCCAUGAGCUUAAAACCCCUAAUCGAGAAACUCGGAUUCGAGGCCGAGGAUGUCCGUGAGCUAUGUGAGAGAGCGAAGCGCGAAACGUGUGUUUUGCGCUAUCACACUUAUUGUAAUAUUCAUGUCUGGACGGCUAGGAAGCCCGGACCUCAACAGUAA